AUGGCAAACCCGCUGGUGGCCUUCACUCUGAUCAAGCGGCUGCAUUCAGAGUGGCUGAAUGUUGUCUACAGCAAUGAAGCCCUGGAAAACGCACAAGCCCUCAGGUCCAGUUACGAGGAGGAAGAGGCAGAUCUGCCCAAACUGGAAGACCUCCAGGGGGCCGCUAAGGGGCUGAUGAGGCUGCAGGACGUGUAUGCUCUUCAAGUUGCGAGCCUCGUAAGGGGACGUUUCCAGAGAGUCACUAAUGGCAAGCCCAUUGAUAUCUACCUGCCUACAGUGUCUGUCCCUUUGUGUGAUGAUGACUGCUUUCUGGUUGGAAAGGUGGCCUACGAGCAAGAAGACUACUACCACUCGGUGCAGUGGUUGGAGGAGUCGGUGCAUCUCUUCAGGGGAACAGGACACGAGUGGAGCCCAGAGAAUGAGGGAACUUUGGAGGAUGGAUGGAUGGAUCCUUGGCCCCAUUGAAACACAGCCAAUUCAACUGACAUCCUGUAUAUACACACAAAAGUGUGUAUUUAGUUCACUGUAAUGCAAAUUAUUUUUCUGGACUCUUUUACCUGCCAAGAUAAGCAGGCUUUUUCUUUUAAAACACAGUUUCAACUGAUUAACGAGUAACCAGAAUCACGCCUCCCUACGCCUACGAUCUGUGGGGGGGUGGAACUAUGACUGUUGUUUGUGCUUAUGCACCAAACAGCAGUGCAGAAUAUUCAGCCUUCUUGGAGACCCUGAAUGAAGUCCUGUAUAGGGCUCCAGUAGGGGACUCCAUUGUUCUCCUGGGAGACUUCAACGCACAUGUGGGCA